AUGCAAAAUGAAGAAUCGCUGGAGCAUUUGGUCAACUCGCUAAUAUAAAAUUAAUAGCUAGAUGAAGAAGAUUAAUUUAAAUAAUAAAUUGGAAAGCGCAGAAUUAAUGACUAAAGGUUUACAUUCCAAGAAGAUAAGCGUAUCUUGGAAUUAGUUUAAUAGGUCGGUCCCAAUUUUAACAAAAUAGUCAAAUAGUUUCCAGGCAAAACAAUGAAUAUGAUAAAAAAUAGGUAUUAUAAAAAGCUGCGAUACAUUAAAGAAGAUGUUCAAAAUGAUCAAGAAUAAGUGAAAAAGCAUUCUAAAUCGAAAAAAGCCAAUUGA